AUGGUGAAAAGAAGCGCGGAUGAUUGUAUACUUAUUCAAGCGACGAAAAAAGUGCGGGAGGAGUUUAAUUCGUAUGGCUACGGAGCGUAUGGUUAUGGGCAACAAGUAGCCACACCUUAUGGGCACGAUGAAACGGGCAUGAUGCAAGGUGUUAUGGGUCCUGGAACUGGUGGAGGUGGUAGUUGCGCUAGUUCAGGAGGAGCGUAUAAUGCUCGGUAUCAUUUCCAGGCAGCGCAGAAUGCUGGAUUUGAUACUGGUAGUGAAGAUCAUCAACCAAGAACUGUUUAUGUUGGAAAUUUGGAUCCUAGUAUAACUGAGGACUUUAUUACUACGUUAUUUGGGCAAAUUGGUGCUGUAACGAAAACAAAAGUUAUCUUUGAUGGUACUAAUGAUCCGUAUGCUUUCGUGGAAUUUGCCGACCAUUACACUGCCGCGCAAGCUUUGCAGGCAAUGAACAAAAGAGUACUUUUGGAAAAGGAAAUGAAAGUAAACUGGGCUACAGAGCCAGGAUCACAAGCCAAAGUGGAUACUAGCAAACACUUCCAUGUAUUUGUUGGAGAUUUAUCACCAGAAGUUGAUAAUAAAGCGCUGAAAGAUGCAUUCGCUCCAUUCGGAGAAGUUUCGGAUGCUAAAGUAAUUAGGGAUGCAACAACUUUGAAGUCAAAAGGCUAUGGAUUUGUUUCCUAUCCAAAGAGAGAGGAGGCGGAGCGAGCAAUAGAACAAAUGAAUGGUCAGUGGUUAGGACGGCGAACAAUUCGCACAAACUGGGCAACACGUAAACCAACUGGUACUGGUGCCGGUGAUGGACAGUAUGGACGUUCUGAGUUGAAUUACGAUGAUGUCUACAAUCAGACAGGUCCCGACAACACAUCUGUCUAUGUCGGAAAUGUUAACUCGAGCGCUAAUGAUGAAGACUUGAGAGCAGCAUUUGACAAAUUUGGUCGCAUCCUAGAAGUUCGAAUCUUCAAAUCACAGGGAUAUGCAUUUGUGCGUUUCGACAAAAAAGAUUCUGCUUGUAACGCCAUUUGCAAAAUGAAUGGACAAGAACUGUGCGGUCAAAAUAUUAAAUGUUCUUGGGGAAGAACACCUGAGGGUCACAAUCAACAAGCUAGUGCAUAUAAUCAAGCCCAAGCGUAUGCAAAUUAUGGUGGUUAUGGGGCCUAUGGCUAUGGGAAUGGUGCAUCAGGAGGUCCGGGUGGUAGUGCUGCAGCACAACAACAGUACUGGAAUUAUUAUCAGCAGUAUUACAGCAAUCCCCAGCUUGUCCAGCAGCAGUGGCAGAGUUAUUGGCAACAACAGCAGCCACAAGGUGGAAAUCAGUAA